AAGUUGAGGAGGGAUCCGAGAGAGAGAGAGAGAGAGAGAGAGAGAGAGAGAGAGAAGGGCAUGGAGGAGCAGUUCAUCCUCAGAGUUCCACCUUCCGUUGCUGAGCGGAUAGACCGGCUUCUCUCCGAAAACGCUUCUUCUUCUUCCGAUGAUAAAUCACUCGACCUAUCCUUUUCUGAGGAUGGCAGGAGUGGAACAUUUAUGAUAGGCAAUGAGCGUUUUCCGACAUCCCUCUUAGAUCUUCCAUCCAUUGUGGAAUCCUACAAAACUUACGAUGAUAGUGUGCUUAUCAAAACUGCUGACAUUGGUCAAGUGAUUAUGGUAAGAGAAGAGGGUGAUGCUGCACCAGAUGUGGUGGAGUACAAACAUGGCCUCACCCCUCCAAUGAGGGAUGCUCGAAGGAGAAGGUUUCGUCGGGAGCCAGACCUACAUCCUGAGCUAGUGCAGCGCGUUGAGAAAGAUCUGGUGAACAUAAUGGCUGGAGGAACUGCUGAGAAUGCGGAAGAUGGUGGCAUCAAUGCUCGUAGUAAUGCGUCUAAGAAAGCUAUGGCGCCACCUCCUGCAGCAAAGCCCGACGUUCCAGAUGGUGGAGGAAAUGUCACGGAGCCUCCGAGAAGUGACGGAAGCGAUUCUGAUGAAUCUGAUGAUUCAUUGUAAACUCAGAAUCCCUUUUUUCUGUUCCAUCUUUCAGGCCAGCUUCUUGAGAUACGCUGAAAUCUUAUUCGUGAGACAAUUGGGGAUUUGUUGUUCGUUGGGUUUUCUGGCAUGAAUCCAGUAAUUUUGAUGUA